AUGCCUUCAGCGCCGUCGCCAUGGCUGCUCUCGCGGGACGAGAGCAUCGGCCAGAAGUUCGAGAAUAUCAUGAACAAUGACCCAUUGGGUGCUCAAGUACAAUCCGAUUCAGUCGUUAUCGCUAUUGGGACCUCCCUCGGCAUUACCGGUGCAAUCUUCCUGAUCUUCCUGCUGCUGCGCCCGUUCAACACCAUCGUCUACGCGCCCCGCCUACGUCACGCCGAUGAGAAACAUCGCCCGCCGCCGCUCGACAAGUCGCUGUUCGCCUGGUACAAGCCCGUCUUCAAGACCAACGAGGACUACUAUGUCGACCGAAUCGGCCUGGACGCCACCGUCUUCCUGCGCUUCUCACGCAUGUGCCGCAAUAUGUUCAUCGUCCUGGCUGUCGUCGGUUGCUCCAUCAUUAUUCCCGUUAACAUCACAUACUCGAUCAAGCAGGGCAGGAUCAGCCAGAAUCUGGGCGACGAGUCCAAGUCCAUCUAUGUCAUGAUGACGCCCCAGAGACUGUCUGGCGAGGUUUUCUGGGCUCAUGUCGUCGUGGCAUACCUCUUCGAUAUCAUCGUGUGCGCCUUCCUGUGGUGGACUUACCGUGCCGUGCACCGUCUACGCCGAACCUACAUGGACAGUGCAGAUUAUCAAAACAGCCUGCACGCCAGGACCUUGAUGAUCACAGACAUCAAGACCAAAUUUCGCAGCGAUCAUGGCCUGGUGGAAAUCACCGACGGUGUGAAGACCACCCAAGAAGUGCCGCGCACAACCAUCGGCAGAAACGUCAAGGAUAUUCCCGAUCUGAUUGAAGCGCACGAGGAAGCUGUCAUGGAAUUGGAGGCGGUGCUAUCGAAGUACCUGAAGAACCCAGCUCAACUGCCAGCAGAGCGCCCCAUGUGCACACCAUCGAAGAAGGACCCGGGAUUCACAGACAAGAAGCAAAAAGUUGAUGCUAUCGACUAUUUGACAGCGAGAAUCCAGCGUUUGGAGCUGCAGAUCAAGGAGGCACGUGAGACGGUGGACACCAGGGAUGCCAUGCCCUUUGGAUUCGCAAGCUACGAAACCCUCGAGUCUGCACACAUUGUUGCAUUCACUGCUCGUAGUAAGCACCCUCAUGGAACAACCAUUCGUCUUGCUCCUAAGCCGAAAGACAUCAUCUGGAAGAACCUACUGCUUGACCCGGGCCAAAGGCGAUGGCGGCGUCUGGUCAUGAACCUGUGGAUCACUUUGCUCACCGUUCUCUAUUUCAUUCCAAACGCCGGCAUUGCUAUUUUCUUGUCCAAGCUCAGCAAUCUGGCAUCCUUUUGGGACGGAUUCAAGACGGAGAUGACCCUACACCCCAAAUUCUGGGCCGUUGUGCAAGGUGUUCUGGCGCCAGCGUUGACUUCGCUGUUCUAUUACUUUUUGCCCAUCAUCUUUCGUCGUCUGUCGAUCAAGGCUGGUGAUCAGUCAAAGAGCUCUCGCGAAAAGCACGUUCUGCAUCAGUUGUAUGCCUUUUUCGUCUUCAACAACCUGGUCGUCUUCUCCAUCUUCUCGGCUGUCUUUCAGAUUAUCAUGAGUGCUCUAGCGGCACGUCAGGGUGACGCAAGCUUCACGGCAGUCGUAAGGUCCAUUGAGCCUUUCCAGCAGCUCAUGGGUGCGCUCUGCAACGUUUCAGCGUAUUGGGUCACCUGGCUUGUCCAGCGCAAUCUCGGUGCAGUUAUCGAUUUGUCGCAGGCGGUCAACCUAGCCUGGGGUUCCUUCUCUCGCAAGUUCCUGAACCCCACACCCCGCGAACUUAUUCAGCGAACUGCUCCUCCACCCUUCGACUACACGAGCUACUACAACUACUUCUUAUUUUACUCCACGGUCACUUUGGUCUUUGGGUCGUUGCAACCUAUCACACUCGUUGUCACUGCAUUCUACUUUACUCUCGAUUCCUGGAUGAAGAAGUAUCUAUUGAUGUACGUGUUUUGCACCAAGAAUGAGACAGGAGGCCUUUUCUGGCGCGUGCUGUUUAACCGCAUGCUAUUCGGCGCAUUCUUGGCGAACGUAAUCACUGCCUGUCUAGUCGCUACCAAGGGUGGUGUUUCUCAAUAUACGAUGGCAGCUGCCAUGGCCCCGCUGCCAUUUCUCCUACUCGGAUUCAAGCUCUAUUGCAAGAGGACCUACGACCACUCAAUGAAGUACUAUGAUCAUGGCAGGACGAACAAGGGUGCCGAGGCCCAGACACCAAUCGACAAAGAAGCACGGAGACGCGACCGUGUCGCGACCCGCUUUGGGCACCCUGCCCUUUAUCAGAAGCUGACAGUACCUAUGGUCCACGAGAAGAGCAAGCAUCUCCUCGCCGAAGUCUACCGCGGGCGCCUUGAUGGAGAUGUAGGCGACAAUGCUGCUUUUGGUGAUGUCUAUUCCAUGAAGCGUAUGAGUAAAGAGAAUCCCGGCAAGAUUGCCACAUCAGCAGCUAGUCCCUUCGAAUUUGUUUCUGAGAACAACAUGGACUACGAGAACUUCAAGGAUCGUUCCGAAUUCAACUCAGACCGUGGCUCUGUGUGCGGAGACAGCAUCCGUCCUGAAUCACCGUCAACGCUCUGGGGUGACAACGGACGCGGACGAUCAUCGAGUCGUGGAAGUACAAGAGUUGGGGAGGAUGCCGGCGUCACUUAUCCAGCUGGCUAUCAUCAGACGCCGAGCAAUCUGCGCGAGUACAGCCCUGGCCCUGAGCCUGAUUUGCGCCACAUCGACAGCAACUCAAGUCAGCCGUACCAGCUACAUGACGACCGCAACCUCCUGAGCGGUGCAGCACCGAUGGGGCAUCAGCCACCCAGUGGAUACACACCAUAUAGUCCGGAGAGAGACGGCGAAGGCAAGGUCGAUUAUUUCAGACGGUAA